ACUCACCCUGUGGAGGAGAGGAGAUCAUUCAGGAAGAUGCCAGAGCCAACCAAAAAAGCAGUUUCAGCAUUUGCCAAGAAACCAAAGACUCAGGAGGCACAAGAGGGGUCCUCAGUGGUCUUUGAAGCAGAGACUGAGAAGCCUGAUGCUAAAGUAAAAUGGCAGUGCAACGCAAAGGACAUUGCCAGUGGCAACAAAUACGAGAUCACAGCCAAUGGAAACAAGCACUCCCUCACUAUAAAAGCUAUUGCCCGGGAAGAUGCCAAUGUCUAUGCAGUGAUUGCUGGGGGGUCAAAGGUCAAGUUUGAGCUGAAGGUCGUAUCAAAGCCAGAAGCUCCAGCUGAGACCCCUGCUGAUGCACCCGUGGAGCCCCAUGUAGAACCAGAGCAGACCCCUGCUCCGCCUGCAGAAGCACCCACAGAGGACAAGACCGCUGCCCCAGCACCUGAUGCUGCUCCAUCUGAGGACGCACAGCCUCCAGACACCAGGCAGGACCUCACUGGCCUCUUCACAGAGAAACCCAAGAGUGCAGAGGUCACUGAAGGUGCAAACAUCACGUUUGUGGCUAAAGUGAAUGCUGAAUCAUUGCUGAAAAAACCAACCAUCAAAUGGUUCAAGGGGAAGUGGAUGGACCUCGCCAGCAAGUCUGGAAAACACCUGCAGCUGAAAGAAGUGUAUGACCGGAACACAAAGAUCUACACAUUUGAGAUGCAGAUCAUCGAAGCCAAGGCUAACUUUGCUGGAGGUUACAGAUGUGAGGUGUCAUCUCGAGACAAAUUUGACAGCUGUAAUUUUGAUUUGGCUGUACAUGAGGCUCGUUCUGCUGGUGAAGGCUUCGACAUAAGAGCAGCUUUUAGGCGCACUAGUGUAGACAAAGAAGACUCAGGAGAGCUGGACUUCAGCACGUUGUUGAAGAAGAGAAUAAGCUGCAGGCCUGCAAUAAGCAGCUCAGAUCCGGACGUGGAUGUGUGGGAAAUUCUCAGCCGUGCUCCCGUUUCAGAAUAUGAGAAGAUUGCUUUUCAGUAUGGCAUCACUGACCUCAGAGGCAUGCUCAAGAGACUGAAAAAGAUGAAGAAAGAAGAGAAGAAAAGUGCCGCUUUCCUCAAAAAGUUGGAUCCUGCCUACCAAGUGACAAAGGGACAAAAAAUAAAGCUUGCAAUUCAGGUCGCUAAUCAAGAUAUUGACGUGAAAUGGCUGAAGAACGGACAACCAAUUAAUCCGACUGGAAGCAAGUACAUCUUUGAGAGUGUUGGAAACAUGCGCUACCUCACCAUCAACCACUGCUCCUUGGCUGAUGAUGCAGCAUAUUGCUGUGUGGUGGGAGAUGAGAAAUGCAGCACUGAGCUCUUUGUUAAAGAGCCUCCUGUCCAGAUUGUGAAGAAUCUGGAGGAUCAGAUGGUCAUGAAGGGUGAGCGGGUGGAGUUGGAGGUUGAAGUCUCGGAGGAAGGAGCCAAUGUUAAAUGGGAGAAAGACGGUGUGGAGCUGACAAGAGAUGAAUCUUUCAAGUAUCGCUUCAAGAAAGACGGCUGUAAACACGUACUGAUCAUUAAUGAGGCCACAAAAGAAGACUGCGGCCACUACAAGGUUAAAACAAACGGCGGCGAGUCUAUGGCUGAGCUUAUGGUGCAGGAGAAAGACCUGGAGGUCUACCAGAGCAUUGCCGACCUCACGGUGAAGGCAAAGGAUGAGGCAGUUUUCAAGUGUGAGGUCUCGGAUGAGAAUGUGAGGGGCACCUGGUACAAGAACGGGGUAGAAGUCAAACCUGAUGCCAGGAUAAAUAUCACACAUAUUGGCAGGAUCCACAAACUGACCAUUGAUGAGGUCAAACCUGAGGAUGAGGGAGACUACAAUUUUGUGCCAGAUGGCCACGCUUUCAACCUUUCUGCCAAACUCAAUUUCUUGGAGGUGAAGAUUGAUUAUGUGCCACGCCAAGAUCCUCCUAAGAUCCACCUGGACUGUAUGGGGCGCACUGCCGACUCAACCAUUGUGGUGGUGGCUGGCAACAAACUGCGUCUAGAUGUCCCUAUCACUGGAGAUCCUGCUCCCACUGUGAUCUGGACCAAAGGAGAGAAGGCUAGUUCUGUAAAACCUGACGGAGAAGAGAAAGGAGAGCCGACAUCCUCUUGGACCAUGAAGGAUGGGGAGAUCGUCACAGAGGGAGAUGGGAGGGUCCAUGUGGAAACCACCAAAGGCCACUGUGUCUUCACCAUCGAGGGGGCUGAGAGGCAGGAUGAGGGAAUCUACUCUGUUGUGGUUCGCAACCCUGCUGGGGAAGACACUGCAGAUAUCAAUGUUAAAGUUGUUGAUGUUCCAGAUCCUCCCCAGGCUCCCAGAAUCCUCAGUGUGGGUGAGGACUCCUGCGUUGUCCAGUGGGAUCCCCCUAAGUUUGAUGGUGGACAGCCAAUCAUUGGCUAUGUGUUGGAGAGAAAGAAGAAGAGAAGCUACAGGUGGAUGAGACUGAACUUUGACCCUUACACUGAAACAACCUAUGAGGCCAAGCGGAUGAUUGAAGGAGUGGAAUAUGAGAUGCGAGUCUAUGCUGUCAAUGGCAUCGGCAUGUCACGCCACAGUUCUCCCUCACAACCUUUCGUGCCAGUCGCUCCUACAAGUGAGCCCAUCGGACUCUGCGUGGACGACAUCAGUGACACUUCCAUCUCGCUGAAGUGGCGAACGCCUGAGAGGAUCGGCGCAGCUGAACUCGAGGGUUACGGGGUUGAGUACUGCAAGGAGGGCACGGAUGAGUGGAUACCAGCCAUUGAGGGUCUGACAGACAGGACAUCACUGAUCAUCAGAGACCUCACCACCGGAGACAAGCUGCAGUUCCGCGUGCGGGCUUAUAACAUGGCAGGACCGAGCACUCCCGCCACUCUGGCUCAGCCCGUCACCAUCAGAGAGAUAAUGCAACGCCCUAAAAUUUGGCUUCCCAGAAAUCUCCGCCAGACUCUGAUCAAGAAAGUUGGAGACACCAUCAACCUUGUGAUUCCAUUCCAGGGUAAGCCCAGGCCUAAGGUUACAUGGAGUAAAGAUGGGGAGGUUCUUGAACCCUCAUUUGCCAACGUGAGGAACAGUGAGGUAGAUUCGAUCCUCUUCAUCCGCAAGUCGGAGAGAAAACACUCGGGGAAGUAUGAUCUCCAGGUGCAGAUUGAGAACGUGGAAGACACAGCAAGCAUCACACUGCAGAUUGUUGAUGUCCCAGGGCCCCCUGAGGCCCUGAAGAUCACGGAUGUCUGGGGCUUCAAUGUGGCUCUAGAGUGGAAGCCGCCUAAGGACGAUGGAAACUGUGAAAUAACCGGUUACACCGUUCAGAAAGCUGACAAAAAGACCAUGGAGUGGUUCACAGUCUAUGAACACUACCGGCGAACCAACUGUGGGGUUUCCGACCUCAUCAUGGGUAAUGAGUACGUCUUCCGUGUCUAUGCCAUGAACUUGGUGGGCCUCAGCCCAGAGCCCUGCAACACAAAAGACAGCGCCUACAUCCAGAAAACAGGUAUCGUAUAUAAGCCACCAUCCUACAAGGAGCACGACUUCUCAAAGGCUCCCAAGUUCACACAUCCUUUGGUGAACCGUUCUAUCAUAGCAGGAUACAACGCAACCCUCAGCUGCUCAGUCAGCGGCAUACCAAAGCCCAAAGUGACCUGGUACAAAAACAAGAUGGACAUCUCAAAUGAAGCCAAGUACCGGAUGCUCAGUAGGCAGGGUGUUCUGACGCUGGAGAUCCGUAAGCCCUGUCCGUUCGAUGGGGGAGUGUAUAUGUGCAAAGCAGUCAACGACAGUGGAGAGGACGUCGUGGAGUGUAAACUGGAGGUUCGCCCUCAAAUAACUAAAGAAGAAAAGAAGGUGAAAAAAGAGGAGGAAUGAAGAGAAGACGGAGGAUUUGUCCUCAGCGACUCCUGCAUGUUGACUGUUUUGUGCCACGAGAAACUCUUCACCUGCUUCACAAACAUUGUUGUAUUCGCGUAAUUUCCCUCUUCUGCAAUCAUCUUGCAUCUCGUCAUCUUCAAUGUAUGUUAUGAUGUGUAGCGCUGGGUCUCUGAACCUACUGAGGGUCAUGUCCGCUGUUCAUUAAUAGAGAAACAGUAGUAUUUCUGUAUUAUUUGUCAAAUUCAUUCAUGCUUUGUCACUCUAUUCCUCAUCCAUUUCAAAGACUAUAUUUAAAUGAAAAAAUGUGUCUAGUAAAUAUGGAUAAUAGCCAAAGAAAGUAACUCUAUUUAUGAAAUUUAUUUAUGAUUUGUCAUCCUGUUUCUCACUUACUUCAAUUAACAGAGGAAAGAAUUUGAUUGUAAUGUUUGGUUUUGUUUGUGUGCAUACAAAGGUCAAUAUAUUUGCUUCAAA